UUACCAUCGCUGGCUCUCUCAUUGGUGCGAUGGUUGUCAUGAUUGGCCUGGCUUUGGGGUGUAUGGUCUACAGACGUCGCCAGCGGAGACAAGCGGGAACUCUGAAACAUGUUGGCAGCUUGGUCUCCAUGAAUGCUACAGCAGAUUUAUGUGUAAGGUCCUCUCUGUUCUUGUCCCAUAUCCAACAGCUGGAUGACAAGUGGGAGUUCCCCAGGCAGUAUCUAACCUUGGAGCAUGCCAUUGGAGAAGGGGAGUUUGGUCAAGUUGUCAGAGCUCAAGCCUUCAUGUUGAGAGGCCAAGAGGGAAACACUGUAGUGGCUGUUAAGAUGCUGAAACCUGAUGCUUCGGGAUCAGAAUAUCAAGACCUUGUAUCAGAAAUUCAGCUUUUGAAAGAGGUGAACCAUCCAAAUGUGAUCCAGCUUCUGGGUGUUUGCACACAGAAAGGUCCUCUGCUUGCCAUUGUGGAAUACUGUGAACUUGGCUCGCUGCGCAACUUCUUGCGCUGCUCCAAGUUUAAGAACAAAGCAAGCUGGGAAAACAGAAUUAAAUAUGGAAAUGAUGUUGAUGGCACUGUUGCAGACAACUUGUUAGAUCCCCGUAAUCUGACCUGUCGAGAUUUGUUCUCGUUUGCUUGGCAGAUAGCGAAAGGCAUGGACUACCUGGCCAGUUUAAAAAUAAUUCACCGUGAUCUAGCUGCCAGAAAUGUGUUAGUGACAGAUGGCAUGAAAAUGAAAAUUUCCGACUUUGGACUCAGCAGGGAUGUUUAUGAAGCUGAUACUUAUCUGAAAAUGAGUAAGGGUAGAAUACCAGUCAAGUGGAUGGCACCUGAGUCACUUUAUGCCCAGUUCUACACAAUAAACAACGCUUUAGCAUUGCCAUGCACAUGUGGAUUGAACUGUUUGAUAAUUGUACUCUGGUCGUAUGGAGUAGUUCUGUGGGAAAUCGUCACUCUAGGGGCAUCACCAUAUCCUGGAAUCCCUCCAGAGAGAUUAUUUCCCUUAUUGAGUACUGGCUACAGAAUGGACCGGCCUGAUGAUUGCCCGGAGGAGUAUGCUAUAAUGCAGAAGUGUUGGAAGGCAGAACCAGAGAAUCGGCCAUCUUUCUGUUCUUUGAAAGACAUUCUUGACAACCUGCUGCAACAGAAUACU